AUGGUCUAUCCCGUAAGCCAUAAGCUUGUAGAUCGCCUCGCAACUUGCGAGGCAAUAGGCGUCCCGGCAAGCGAAACAUCCAUCAGCCUCAUCAUCUACCGACCGCUAAAAGAAGAUCGGUUCAACAAGGUUCUCUCCGAAUUCCCCGAGUUACGUAAACCGUCGACCAUUCUUCCGCAGGUCAGCACUGACAUUUUGUACCAGAUCGUCACACGGGGUACACCCGUCCACUGCCGUCCCAGACGCCUCGCCCCAGACAAACUGAAAGUGGCACGGGCAGAAUUUCAACACAUGUUAGACCUUGGAAUCACACAGUCCUCUUCCAGUCAACGGGCCUUGCCUGUAUAUAGGGUUCCGAAAAUGUCCACCGAAGACUGGCGUCAUUGCGGGGACUAUAGAGCACAGUGUCUUGCUGCCUUGUAG